AUGCAGAUGCGCUUUCCAAGACGAAAGGUCCUCUUGCUCACCAACUCGGAGCUUGGUCAAGCCAAUGUCUUCCUCGCCACGAGCCAUGCUCUCCUGCAGCUCGGAGCCGAGGUGCACUUCGCCUCCUUUCCAGCCAUCGAGAGCUCUGUGAGGGCACUGUCCAGAGAAAUCGUGUUCCACGCCGUGGAAGGGGUCGACAUGAAGACGGCAUAUCCCCGGGCUGAGGUCGAGGGGUCUGGCUUGGAAGGCAAGACGCCGCGCUUCUACACCAUGCCCGCCGUGCUCCGGAUCUGUCUCCACACCACCAUGCCGUGGUCCGGACCCCAGUACGUCGACAUCUACCGGUCCAUAGUCGGCAUUCUCCAGCAGGUGGCCCCAAACAUCAUAGCCGUCGACCCGGCCUUCUCGCCGGCCGUUACCGCGUGCCGCCACAUGGGCGAGAGGUUUCUCAUCUUGGCCCCCAACACCAUCAAGGACUUUGCAAUCUCGUACCAACCCCCAGGCGACGUGUUCUGGAAGUACCCAUGCAUAGCCUCGGGUCUCCCGUUUCCAAUUCCAUGGUGCUAUGUCUUGCUGAACAUCUACUACGUCGCCCUGGCCCUGGCAAUAUGCUGGGGCGACCGGCGGCUGCGAGAGGUCAAGCAGUACAUCAGGGACUACACGGCAGGGGACAUGAUCAGCCUCGAGGACCUCAACCAAAGGCCGCCACCCGGCGUCAAAUACCUGGUCGCCAACCUGCCCGACCUUGAAUUCCCGCUCCAGACAAGCCCACCGCACAUUAUCCCCUGCGGGCCAAUCCUCCGCCCGGCCGAGCCGAUCUCGCAGGCCGACCCGGAUCUCGCCUCGUGGCUGUCCCGGGGCCCGACCGUCUACAUCAACCUCGGCACCCACGCCAAAACCACCGAGGGCACAGCUGUCGAGAUCGCCAAGUCGGUGGCGCUGCUUCUACGCGAGGCUGCGCAAGAGACAGGCGAGGAGAAGAUGAAAGAGAAGCUCGCCGGGCUGCAGGUGCUGUGGAAGCUGACGCGCAAAGGCCAGUACGACAACCGGCGCCUCGCGCAAGUGCUAGGGCAGGAGAUGGAACAGGACAGGGUGCGGAUCGUGGGCUGGGUCAAGGCGGAGCCGCCGGCGGUGCUCGCGCACGGAGGUAUCGUAUGCGCAGUGCACCACGGCGGCGCCAACUCGUUCCUCGAGGCCGUGGCAGCGGGCGUGCCGCAGGUCGUGCUGCCCGUGUGGAUCGACUGCUUCGACUUUGCCAACCGCUGCGAGUUCCUCGGCGUCGGCCGCUGGGGCAACAAGUCCACGCCGCCGCGCUGCCGGGCCCCCGAGCUCAGCCCCGUCCUCGUCGACGUCGUCUUGGGCCCCAAGUCUGCAGGUUACCGCGCCAGGGCCGCCGAGCUGGCCAGGCUGUGCGCGCGCGAGCCCGGCAGGACCAAGGCGGCGCGCGUCAUUCUCGGCGAGAUUUGA